AUGAAACGAUGGAUACUUGUCUCGUGCUUAUUAGGAAUAUGCUCUGCUAUGCCGUAUGCUCGGCACUAUAGUUACUCUGAUCCGUUCCAUGUGUGGAUACACAAUUUCCUUCCACCGCAUUCAUCGCCACCUUAUUGGGGGAAGCGAAGAAUUCAUGAUCACGAUACUCAACAGUAUGAAUAUACAAUGCCGGUACACCCUCCUCCUCUGCCAUCUCAGCAAACUCCCAUUCUGCAUCAUGGAGUGCAAGAGCAAUUUCCUAUCCUAGUGACAAAUCAAAUCCCAUUCUCUACAAGGCAAGGACAACUCCAGCAGUAUGAUAUACAGCCGCCAUUCCAGCAGAAACUCUUUGCACAGCAAGAAGGACAUCACCCGGUUGUUCAACAAUUGCUGCCAUUAGACAGGCAAACACAACAGUUACCAUUUCAAGAAUACUCGGCAACAUUGGGUCAGGCAAUUUACCCAAGUUUGCUUGGAACUCCACAGGAGCCUGUACAGCAGCCACAGCAACGAUCAAUUUAUCCCAGUUUGUAUUACAUGCCUUACGUAGCAAACCAAGGAGCCGCUCCUGGCAGAUUAGGAGGAAUAGUGAGCUCAGAAGAAAUGCAGGGUGGUGGCCUCGGUGCACCAGCCUAUCGUGCCAUGAGCCCUGAUUUCUUUGGUAUGAGUGCUGGAUUUGGAAACCCUCCACCGAACAGACUAGGCCAGCCCGGUGAUUACACAGUAGAAGACGAUCAACUUGGAAUAACAGAACAGCCUGACGUUCAAGGAGGAGCUAACCCGGCCGCUAACCCUUCAGGCAACGGGAACAGUGUCGUCUCCCUGAACAACAACCUGGGAGGUGCUUUGUCUAAUGCCAACAGCAACCUGAUGAACCCUGCUGGGCAGAGUCAAGGACCUGCGGGUGGCCUCCAAGCUACUGUAAACCCACUCGUGACUCAAGGCCUCCCCGACAGCUUUGUCCCUUUUGAGGCCGACACUCUUAUGCCGCUGGAUCCCACCAUGUCCCCGGAUGCCAUAUACACACCCCAGACAGGAUAUGAGGCUGGCCAGCCACAAGAUGGAUGGCAUUUUCAAGAACCCUGA